GGGCGGCGACAGCGGCGUAGGUGUGCGGCGCGCUCCUGCGGCCCCGAGCGAGCAGAUCUCGCGUGCGUGCGCUCGCCGCCCGGCGCUGCCAGCCGAGGUGUCGCCCGUGCCCGCGAGCGGGAGCCGGAGCCGCUGCUGGCCGCCAGCGCAGCCGAGCCCGCAGCCGCCAUGGCCACCACGGUGACCUGCACCCGCUUCACCGACGAGUACCAGCUCUACGAGGAUAUCGGCAAGGGCGCCUUCUCCGUGGUGCGCCGCUGCGUGAAGCUCUGCACGGGCCAUGAAUAUGCAGCCAAGAUCAUCAACACCAAGAAGUUGUCGGCUCGAGAUCAUCAGAAGCUGGAGAGGGAGGCUCGGAUCUGCCGCCUUCUGAAGCACCCCAACAUUGUCCGCCUCCAUGACAGCAUUUCCGAGGAAGGCUUCCACUACCUGGUCUUCGAUCUGGUGACUGGUGGUGAGCUCUUCGAGGACAUCGUGGCCAGGGAGUACUACAGCGAAGCUGAUGCCAGCCACUGCAUCCAGCAGAUCCUAGAGGCUGUGCUCCACUGCCACCAGAUGGGAGUCGUUCACAGAGAUCUCAAGCCCGAGAACCUUCUUCUGGCCAGCAAGUGUAAAGGGGCAGCAGUGAAGCUGGCGGACUUUGGCCUGGCCAUCGAGGUGCAGGGCGACCAGCAGGCGUGGUUCGGCUUCGCGGGCACACCGGGCUACCUGUCCCCUGAGGUCCUGCGGAAGGAGGCCUAUGGCAAGCCCGUGGACAUUUGGGCCUGUGGAGUGAUUCUGUAUAUCCUGCUGGUGGGGUACCCACCCUUCUGGGAUGAGGACCAGCACAAGCUCUACCAGCAGAUCAAGGCUGGAGCCUACGAUUUCCCAUCCCCCGAGUGGGACACAGUGACCCCUGAGGCCAAGAACUUGAUUAACCAAAUGCUGACCAUCAACCCAGCCAAGCGCAUCACAGCACAUGAGGCGCUCAAACACCCGUGGGUCUGCCAACGCUCCACGGUGGCCUCCAUGAUGCACAGACAGGAGACUGUUGAAUGCCUCAAGAAGUUCAACGCGCGGAGGAAGCUCAAGGGUGCCAUCCUCACCACCAUGCUGGCCACAAGAAACUUCUCAGUGGGCAGACAGACCACCGCUCCGGCCACAAUGUCCACCGCGGCCUCCGGCACCACCAUGGGGCUGGUGGAACAAGCCAAGAGCCUCCUCAACAAGAAGGCGGAUGGGGUGAAGCCGCAGACCAACAGCAACAAAAACAGCACAGCUGCCACCAGCCCCAAGGGGACGCUGCCUCCUGCUGCCCUGGAGCCUCAAACCACCGUCAUUCAUAACCCCGCCGACGGGAUCAAGGAGUCUUCUGACAGCACCCACACCACCAUCGAGGAUGAAGACACAAAAGCCCUUCCUGUUGCCGUCUGCCUUGCGUCUGUCUGUCCCCUAUGUCCUCCUCUGUCUGUUCACCCAGCCCCCAGGAUCUCUGAUCUCCUGAGCUCCGUGAGGAGGGGCUCAGGGACCCCAGACGCUGAGGGCCCCUUGCCAAGCCCGUCCCCCAGGAUCUCUGACCUCCUGAGCUCCAUGAGAAGGGGCUCAGGGACCCCAGACGCUGAGGGCCCCCUGGCCUGCCUGCCUCCAGCUCUCCCUGGCCCCCCACCCACCCCGACGAGGAAGCAGGAGAUCAUCAAGAUCACGGAGCAGCUCAUCGAGGCUGUGAACAACGGGGACUUUGAGGCCUAUGCGAAAAUCUGCGACCCAGGCCUGACCUCAUUUGAACCCGAAGCUCUGGGCAACCUAGUGGAAGGAAUGGACUUCCACAGAUUCUACUUUGAGAACCUGCUCGCCAAGAAUAGCAAGCCAAUCCACACGACCAUCCUGAACCCGCAUGUGCACGUGAUUGGCGAAGAUGCCGCGUGCAUCGCCUACAUCCGCCUCACGCAGUACAUCGACGGGCAGGGCCGGCCCCGCACCAGCCAGUCCGAAGAGACCCGCGUGUGGCACCGCCGCGAGGGCAAGUGGCAGAACGUCCAUUUCCACUGCUCGGGUGCUCCCGUGGCCCCGCUGCAGUGAAGAACCGCUUGGGCUUCGGGACAGACGGAUGUUCGGAGCUGCCUGCCCUCGGUUGCAGGCCUGCCUGUCGCAUGUUCGUGUCUGCCUCCUUCCUCCCCUGGUGCCGUGUCUGCAGAAAACCAAGACCAGAUGUAAUUUCUUUUUAAAAACAAAAAAAGAGAUGACAGCGACAACCACAACAAAAUUAAUGCUGGAUGAAUUGAGGAAAGAAAACAACAAAACUUCAUCCAGAUCAAGCUGUAAAAAUCACUGGCGUUUGUGGGGUUUUGAACCAACUGGCUGCUCUGUCCCAUUCCACGUGUGUCCGUCUGCUCCUGGCCACCGAGGACAGCCCCCCGCGAACUUGUCCAUCCAGGGCCUGUUGCGUGGUGUAGUGCCCACCCCAGGCACCGCAGCCCCCUCCCCCCACCUGCAUGGCUGCACCUACAAGCCGGCUGUCUUGGGCAGGGGCUGCGGGGUGCUUGCGGGGCUGCUGUCCCUCCUGCUUCCCGGACCUUCCUUCCCAUGCCCCAGGUCUCCAAGUCCUCGCUGGCCCAGACCUCCCAGCUCAGGCCCUUGUGGGGGUGGGGAGGUGCGAAGGAGAAACGCCUUAGUUCCCUUUGUUGGCUGCAGCCCUGUGGGGGGUGGGCAGGGCCCUUGUCCCAGCCUCAUUGCCUGUUUGGGGGCUUUCCCUUCUCUGCUCACCCCUCCCCAGCCCAUGGGGCCGCUCAAGAGCAUGUCUGUCUCCCCACCAGCCCCUGGCCCCUGUUCCCAGGCCGGGCAGGCCGUACUGCAGGAUGAAGGAUGGAAGCAUAGGAGGUGGUGCUGGGGCCCUGAGAGGUGCUUGCUGAGGUGGCGUUUGGAGCUGCAGGGGGAGCUGGUACAGGACAGAGAUGGUCAGGCUGAGCUCUCGGAAACCCCUGAGACGCUUCAUUGUAUAAUGGGGACCAGCCGAGGAAAGAAGGGGGCCUCCGGGCAUGCAGGUGGCAAUGCACGAAGGGUGGGCUGACACUGUCCACUGGGGCACAUGGGGCUGUGGUCGGGGUAAAGACUGCAGAAAGGCGGGACCUGCUGCCCCCAGGACUCGCUGACAUAAUUUUUAACAAGGAUUUUCUUUCUCUUGCCCCCACAAACCGAGCCAAGGGAGAGGCACAGAGUGGGGACAGGACACGGGGGUGCUGACUUCUAAGGGGACCGUCCAUGAAAAACAGUGGACACUCACCCACCUCCCACCCUCUCCCCCAUGGACACAGGGUAACCAUCUGACAGGGCUCAUCACGCACAGCGUGGGCCUGGCCACCACUCAUCUCCUGGGGCUCCUCUGCUCCCACCAGUCCCCACAGCCCUGCCUGUCCUGGACCCUUUGGGGGCCUUUUUUCUGGGGCUCAUUCUUUUGCAUGACCCUUCCCAAGCAGCCACGCCACUGUCCUGACCCCAUCUGCCAUGUGGCGGUGGCGGUGCUGGCCGGCCUCUCCCUCCACUCCCUCUUUUUGCUGAGUUUCAUUGUCUUUUCUUUCUGAGCCUUGUAAGUGUACAAAACUUAUUUUGUUCUGUCUCGGGAAACUGCAAAUAAAAGGACAAAGCGC